GCGUGUUAGCUGCCGCGCUUGAUUCAUACCGAAAGCAAAGUUUUAUCCACAAUCGUGCCAUCAGGGCUGAAGCGGCAGAAACUAUAUGGCAUCGGCAUCGUUUCACACAUGCUGCUUGAUCUGGUCUGUGUUGUGCUGUUCGCAAGUAUACGCACUUGAAGCCGGCAAAGUGGCCUUUGUAAGGCAUGCCUGUCAGUAUGGAUAUAAUUUAAUUCAAGCGCAGUAUACAUUAAAAGAUGAGUGCAAACGAGCGACAUGCUAUAUAUCUGAUAGGAGGCUUACCAUUGAAGAGUGCGCGGCUACUGCCCCGGAUAAUAGCUCAUGCAGUGUGAAAAGUGACUUCAAGAAAGAGCCAUUUCCAUUUUGUUGCGAAUCGCGCAUUUGUCGAGGGACAAGGACUAUCAUCAACGGCAUUAUUACGCACUACGGGACGAAAGGAGCUGCAGACCAUGCUCGUUAUCUGGAACCAACAGAGAGAUGGAGUGCUCCUAUGAAGUACAUUCUUGGCGCUUGUAAGAAUGGGCAAUGCAGGUACAGAAAGCAAAGAGUUGUUCAUGAAACUAAGCUGACAACACCGUGUGUAAGUGCACGAACCUAUGAGGGAAAAGACUACAUAGGAGUUGAAGAGUGCCCGACGUUUCCGGAAGGCGAUCGUAAUUGCGUCAAAUUGAACGAUGGCAACCCGAACAAUAGAUACCCUUAUUGCUGCCCAGAGUACAUGUGUCCUGCAAAAGGUCGUGAGCGACGGAACACGACACAUGUAGAGAAGGCGGUGAUGCACAAGGGGAUGUGUAAAUAUGGUGGCAAUGCCUUCGCACACGACUUUUCUACCCUGGAACCUUGUCGAACCGCAGUAUGUGACGUACAGCGACGUUGGGUCACAGUGAUAACGUGCUUAGACGAUGAGGACCUGAACUGGACAAGGUGCAAAGCAGUGAAUCCAGUGAUACGGCGGUACGGAAACCAUCCUGUAUGUUGUCCGGAUUACAUGUGCCCAGAUAUGAAAGUUGAUAGACUGCCUGAGCCGCAGACAUUUAAAACAGAAUAUAAAAUAGAUGUUUGCAUAUUUAGAGGAAGAUAUUUUAGGAAGAACCUAUCAACUUCAGAUUCAUGCGAGCUGUGGACUUGCGAUGUUAAAAAAGCUAAAGUUAAAGUGUACACCUGCGAGAAAUACGAACGAGCUAUUGAGCCAGGCUGUACAUUGGAAGUGAAAAAUCCACAGAAGCCUUACCCAGAUUGCUGCAAAAGGAAAGUUUGCCGGUAUUAUUUUUCCACGCAUUAUCCUGGCUCGUACAUUGCCCCAUCUCCGCUGUAGACUUUACUAUUCUUUGAUCAUAGCUGUGUGCGCGAAUAAUGUUUACAAUAAAAACGAAACUGCAA